GUUCUCACAAUAUCAUAGUUUCGAACGGAUCUUUCGUUCAAUUUAUCCGACAAACACUUUUUUCUUUGUUCCGCUCGACCAUAUUUGACAAUUUUCUUCUUUGUACGUUUUUAAAGUAAUAUAAAAUAAAUUAUGAUAUUUUAUUUAUCAAAAAAACCUCGUAAAACGUUUUUACGUUUUACUCACCUUACUACUUUUGUAAUCUUGUGUUUAACUAUUUUGUCUACAAGUCUUUUUGUAAAAGCCGAGGAAAAUCCACAACCCUGUACUGUUACUAACGAAACAACAAAUAAAUAUUAUGAUUUAAGUCCUUUGAAAAAAACAGAAGGAAAUGAUUGGAUUGUUUACGGAUAUGGAACAGGAUGGACAUUUUAUAUAAAUGUCUGUCAUGGUGUUUUAUACAGAGAUGAUAAAGACAGUGAAAGCAACUUUGAAGAUAUAGGUGUUUACGGUAUAAAUCCAGAGCUCUACAAUCGUACUCUAGAAAAAAGUCAUAAUAUUGGUAAACUUUCUAAUAACCCUUUAAUCCGAGGGGAUAAACUUGUAAUGGAGUUUUCUAAUGGCAAACUGUGUGGAUUAACCAAUUAUAAAAGUGCAUCUGUUGUUUCCUUUAUUUGUGAUAAAACUGUUGAGGGUCAAGGGCAGCCGAUAUUUAUUUCGAGUUAUCAAGAUUGCGCAUUCUUUUUUGAAUGGAGAACUCCUGUUGCCUGCCCAACCGAUAAAAAAGACGCUAGUAAGGGGGGAUGGGGUGUCUUUUUCACAAUUUUCGUUAUUGCAUUAAUUGUAUAUUUUGUUGGAGGUAUUAUAUAUAACCGAAUGGUUCAUAAUGCUACUGGAAUGUACCAAAUUCCAAAUUGGGAAUUCUGGAGCAAUGCAUUUGAUUUCUUAAAGGAUAUGAUUUUAAUAAUAUUGGCACAAUGUCCUGUAUUUAAACCAAGAAGACAUGGAGGAAGAAAUUACAGAAAUUUGCCAAGAGAUGAAGAAAAUAUUUUAAUUGAAGAAGAAUUUGAGGAACAUUAAAAAUAGAUAAAAUUUGGAAAUUUUCAAUUUACCACAUUAUGUAACAGUAAUGAUAAGUAAUGAUAUAUUUAAAUUUACAAGACAAAUGGAUGUAUAAUAUCAUAAAGGAUGAUACACUGGGUAUUCAGUAUUCAGUCCGACUUCAAAUUAUUACAAUGUAUCGAAUUCCUCGGGAAUUCCAAAUUGUUGGUUGAAAUCGGCACGUUCAAUAUUGAACUUUUUGAAACAGUAGGAUUGGAUUAGAAAGAUAUUUUCU